CAUGAACACUUAUUAGUCUUGGAGAGUACUAAAGCCAAGCAUGGCACCUUCACUCUUGUCAGUACUUGUCCUAUCUCUAAGCUUUGCUUAUUGCCUCUCAGCCCCUGUUCCACAGGAUGAAGACUCUGAGAUGACACCAGGAGACCUACAGUUGGCUGAGCAUUACCUAAACCGGCUUUACAGUUCCUCGUCUAACCUUGCUGGCAUGCUGAGGAUGAGGAAUGUGAAGAGCAUAGAGACCAAGCUGAAGGAGAUGCAGUCCUUCUUUGGUUUGGAGGUGACUGGCAAACUCAACGAAGAUACUCUGGACAUCAUGAAACAGCCAAGAUGUGGUGUCCCUGAUAUUGGGCAAUACAAUUUCUUCCCAAGAAAACUGAAAUGGCCAAGAAAUAACCUGACAUACAGGAUUGUGAACUACACCCCAGAUUUAUCCACCAGUGAAGUUGAUAGAGCCAUCAAAAAAGCACUGAAGGUAUGGAGUGAUGUCACGCCGCUGAACUUCACUAGGCUCCGCACUGGCACCGCUGACAUCAUGGUCUCUUUUGGCAAAAAAGAACAUGGAGACUACUAUCCAUUUGAUGGUCCAGACGGCUUGCUAGCUCAUGCCUUUCCACCUGGGGAAAAGAUUGGGGGGGACACUCACUUUGACGAUGAUGAGAUGUUCUCAACGGACAAUAAAGGAUACAAUCUCUUUGUUGUUGCUGCUCAUGAGUUUGGCCAUGCGUUGGGGUUGGAUCAUUCUAGGGAUCCUGGUUCUCUGAUGUUCCCAGUUUACACCUACACAGAAACAAGUCAAUUCUUACUUCCCGACGAUGACGUGCAAGGGAUUCAGGCUCUGUAUGGUCCUGGUAAUAGAGAUCCACAUCCAAAACACCCUAAAACUCCAGAGAAAUGUGAUCCCGAGCUAAGCAUUGAUGCCAUCACGGAACUAAGAGGGGAAAAGAUGAUCUUUAAAGACAGGUUCUUCUGGCGGGUUCACCCCCAGAUGACAGAUGCAGAACUUGUACUGAUCAAGUCCUUUUGGCCUGAACUUCCCAAUAAGAUUGAUGCUGCCUAUGAACACGCAGCCAAGGAUGUGAUCUACAUAUUUAGAGGUAAAAAGUUUUGGGCUCUCAAUGGAUAUGAUAUAGUGGAAGAUUAUCCCAAAAAACUCCAUGAGCUUGGCUUUCCAAAGACACUAAAGGCUAUCGAUGCAGCUGUGUAUAAUAAAGCCAUUGGGAAAACUCUCUUCUUCGCUGGCGACAGUUACUGGAGUUUUAAUGAGGAGACCAGGACCAUGGAUAAGGGCUUCCCAAGACUCAUCUCAGAGGACUUCCCAGGAAUCGGCGAGAAAGUAGACGCUGCAUAUCAGAGAAAUGGCUACAUCUAUUUCUUCAGCGGAGCACUGCAAUUUGAAUACAGCACCUGGAGCCAGAGAGUAACACGCAUCCUGAAAACCAAUUUUGUCCUGAUGUGCUGAUCUUGAAAUGAAUAAUUUAUACAUAUAUAUCUACAGAUAUCAGGCUGCUGAGCGGCCUCCUUUUUAUGCAGUUGACUACCGCCUUGGUCUUCAGCAAAGCUAUGGGUUGGUUAUUAAGGGUAAAUAUAGCGCAGGUUAGCUACAGAGAACAGUAACACUUUCUUUCAUACGUUUCCAGAUUCCAUACAAAUGUUAAUAUUUAUAUAUAACACUACAAGUACCUGCAGGUAUUUAUACCUACAAUGCAAUAAUAACUGGGUAUCAGUAAUUUGCAGAGAAUGGAAGUUCACUUGUAUUACAUAUGGGAAGCUCAGCUCCUGCAUGUAGAUGGGGUAGAGUAGCAAGACUGUCAUGAACAUCAUAAUUAUCAUAAUAGAAGGGUGAAUGCAAUUGGUUGCUCUCUGACUGGUGUAACUAGGUGAUUGGUCUUAAGCUGCCCAUACACGGGCAGCACCAAGCAAACGGAUCUUUACCCGAUAUCCCCACCUACGGGUGGGCGAUAU